AUGUAUCGACUGGAAGAUGAGGAUGAUGCAUCGUCACUGAGUUGCUCCUCUUCGGAUAAGGAUGAAAAUUAUUCAUCAACGCUUGUAGAAGCUUUAGAAAAGAAGUAUUUAUGUGAUGAAGACGUAGAUUCGUCGAUGCUUCUGAUUUCAUUUACUCCAUGUAAACUUGCGAGUGAAUGCGCACUUUCACUGCUCGUACUGGACCAUAGGGGUAUUUGUAGCGUCGGAAACAUCGAUAGAUUUAACACGCUGGCCAAGAAUGUUGUAGAAGUUGAUGUCUCUUUCAACAGUUUUACUGAGUGGGAGGAAAUCGCAGUGCUGUUAAAAUUACCAAAAUUACAUACUUUGAAUAUUGGGUACAAUCCUUUAAAAGAUGGGAUAAACGCAGAACUUCCUGUAGCUGGAAAUGUUCAUUCGUUGUAUCUUUGUGGUACUCACCUUUCGCUAUUAACAGUUGGUGAUCUGAUAAAACAGAUGCCAGUGCUUAAAGAAUUAUACCUUUCUGAGAAUAGGAAAAUUAAAAACGGUAUAAAAAACGAAGAUUUUUCAAAAGUACCGUCUAAUUCAAUAAAAAUCUUGCAUCUCAUUCGAUGUGAAAUAGCUGAUUGGAACCUUAUUAUUUUGUUACGGCGUUUAUUUCCUGCUAUUGAACAUCUUGUUUUAUGCGAGAAUCCUAUAAGGAAAGUAUACUUUGAUGAGAAGGGUGGCAGUAAAGAAAUUUUCAAAGGACUUCGAUAUCUCAGUUUAACAGGAUGUUUGAUUGAAGACUGGGAAUCAAUUGAGAGUUUUGCUGACAUUGAAACUCUGCGAUCUAUGAAGCUGCAACACCUUCCUUUACUUAAUGCUUAUACGGACGAGGAAAAGUACCAUUUGGUUAUUGGAAGGCUUCCUUUUUUGGAGGAGCUUAACGGUUCCGUAAUUACUGAAGAGCAUCGAAUUACAUCAGAAAGAUUUUUUAUUAGGUAUUAUGACAUUCGUGAAAACAAACCGAAGAUUUUCCAGUCAUUGAUAACAAGACAUGGUCAUGUGGCUCAGUUAUGUCCUCUAGACUUAACUCCAAAAAAGCAUAUAAGUGUUGUUGUUAUAUGCGAAGAAAGAGGUUUUAAAUCAACUAUGAAAGUCCCGUAUACCUUCUCCGUUUUGGCCUUCAAAAGAAUGCUCGAGAAACGUCUCAAUAUUCCGGUACAUUUAAUGCGGCUUUUUCACUUAGGUCCGCCCGAGUUAGCGGACGUUUUUGGUGCUGAGGAGCUUCGCUCUUCGAGUACAAAAUUAUCCUCAAUGCGAUUAGAUGAUGGGGAAUACUUUUCUGUACUGGUAAGAGCUUAA